CUGCUAUUGAGAAUGACAUCAUCUCAUAUCAUUCUGUAGAUCGAAAUAGUGGGAACGAAUGAAUUGAAACUUCUGGCUAUCAGACAAGUAUCCUUUUCCAAAGAUUCUUGUGAGCAUAUUCCUAAGCCAAGAAAUGAUUUGCAUCAGCAUAAACCUCUUGGAAUGGAAAACAAUGAAAUCCUCGACAAGAAGAUCACCUCAUCUUCACAAGUUGAUGAGGUUCAUGCCGCCAUCCAAGGAAGACUUCACUUCCAAGCAACCCCAGGCAAAGCAGGGUCUUGGUCGGCUGGUUCAGAGGACUUAACACCAUGGCUUCAAGUUGAUCUGAAUAUUCGGAACACAAGAGUUACUGGCGUUGCGACGCAAGGGAGAAACGGACCCUUCGCUCAGUGGGUUACGGAAUAUAAGCUCCAGUAUAGCAAUGAUGGGGUAAGCUUCAAUUACUACAGGGAACCCGGAAAAGCCUCAGAAAAGCACUUUGCUGGAAACGCUGACCAGGAUGCUGUUGUUUUUCAUGAACUUAAUCCACCAAUCAGAGCACGUUACAUCCGCUUUCGACCUGUGGCUUGGAACAAAGCAGCUUCAAUGAGAGUUGAACUGUAUCAGGGUGUGGAAG